AUGGCCCAAAUUCAAGAAAACAACACCCCAUUUGUUUCUGUUAAUGAUUCCAACGUUGGAUUCGUAGUAUCCCAACUCAUUUUAAAUGGUUCCAACACCUUGGAUUCAGUUUUCUCCCAUUGCCAACAAUCAAAUUCAAAUCCUGUUUUUGAUCAGCCAUUAGGCUCUUCAGUUUAUCUCCAACAAAAAGAUUUGAUCCAAAAAUUCCAUUACGAAAACCAUCCAAACCCUUUAAUUCCAAGAACCUGCCCAGUCCCCGAGACAUCAGAUAAAAUUGGAGCAAUACAGAGAAGAUUAAACAAUCCGGUUUACUCGCAAAUUUAUUUUAGUCCUAGCAAGAAAAAGUUGUACAGAGGAGUGAGGCAGCGGCACUGGGGCAAAUGGGUGGCUGAAAUAAGGCUGACACAGAACAGAAUGAGAGUCUGGCUAGGAACUUACGACACGGCCGAGACGGCCGCCUAUGCUUACGACAGGGCGGCAUAUAAACUUCGUGGCGAAUACGCACGGCUGAAUUUUCCAAAUUUAAAGGAUCUAAGUAAACUGGGAUUUACAGAUUAUGCAAAACUGAACGCUGUGAAGAACUCUGUUGAUGCCAAGAUUCAAGCCAUUUAUCAGAAGAUGAAAAGAGAGAAAAUCAAAAAGGGUGCAAAGAAAAUUGAGUCUCAAGGCAAUGAGAAUAAUGAAGUAAAAGUUGGUGAAAAUGACAAAGUGUUCAUAAUUGAAUCAUCUCCAUCCAGUUUGAUAAAUAACGAGAGUUUUAUUUCCUCAAGUGUUUCUGAAGAUGGAUUCUGGAAAGGGGAGAAUUCGCUGUGCUCGGCGUCGUAUGACUCCUCGAAGGUGGCAUCAGCGCCAGCGUUAUCGGAGCUUGAAGACUGCUCCCUUGCUCGUAUGCCUUCCUUUGAUCCUGAGUUGAUAUGGGAAGUUCUUGCUAAUUAA